GCAGCCUGUCUGCUGGAACCGGACACGCCAUCCAUCUACCCUGACGCGGCUUUACGGAUGUCUGGGCGCGCGCAGCCCGGUUCGGGUAGAGUCCAAGCGCACGGUUCGUUCAGCGGGGCGUCGCGGGGGAGGAGGAGGAGGAGAGCGGCUCGUCCGUUUGCAGGAGGCUGCACAGACCUGGAGGAAACCAAAGAGCACACACUGAGUGACACGCCAAAGUCUGCACUGCAGUGGAUUUCCUCAGGUGUGUGUGUGUGUGUGUGUGUGUGUAGACUCAGGAUAGGCAGUGUGUGCUCCUUCUCAUUAAUGCCUGAAGAAGCUGCAGAAGCUUUUGGAGAAACUGUGUGGAGGUUGCCCGUCCUAAAAAAACUGUGCCACCUACCAGUGUCCAGACCAAAGAACGCCCCUUGUCUCCGUCUUGUCUGAUCAUGUGAUCACUGAAGCCAGCAGGCCUCAAGACCGAAGUCUGGGUUCACUCUCUCUCUCUCUGGAUUUAAAGAAAUCAAAAACUGCUCAGAUGUUUGACCUAAGUCUUCAAUCCUAAAGCAAAGACCAACCAACGGUUCACUUUCAUCUCCUUGCACUUGGAGGACUUGGUGGUUUUGGAUGAAGAAAGUUGGAUCUGUUCUUCAGGAGGUUGCAGGUAGAGGAAGUUCAUUCUCAGGGACAUUAACAUGUGUCAUUAAAGACAGACAGAGUUUUUGUUUUGGUCUUCUUCAAAGCCAGUACGUGUUACUUUAAAUGCAGACAAAUAUCAGGCUGUGGAAUAGUCCUAUGGGCUCCAGUUGCAAUGGCAGCUGAAAGUUUCCAGUACCGGGCGAUCUACGAGUACAGGAGGGAGCGCGCGGAUGAUAUCAGUCUCCAGCUGGGCGACGUGCUCACUGUCUCCAAGUAUCAGGAGGGGGAGGAACGGAGCCCCAAAGGCUGGCUGCGUGGCACCAACGAGAGGACCAAGGAGAAGGGGACAUUUCCAGGGACCUUUGUGGAGUACAUUGGAGUGGUGAGAGUUGGGCCUCCUGCAUCUAAACCCUGGCCCAGGCCUGCACCGUGGACCAAUGUGGGGCCUCAACCUCAGGGAGCAGCUGCAGCUUCAGGUGUGGAGGCAUGUCUGUCUGACACGGCUCCGGUGGUUGUGCGGAGACUCAUCGAGGCCAUCGAGAAACAUGGUUUGAACAGUGAGUCUCUGUAUGGAGCCCCUGCAGCGUCUGGUGGACCUGUAGAGCUGCGACAGUCUCUCCACUCAGAUCCAGUCUCAGUGGAUCUGGACCAGUAUGAUGUGGUUUCUCUGACGGAUGCACUCAGAAGCUUCCUGCAGGACCUGGACACUCCCAUCAUCCCUGCCACGGUCUACAGUGAGCUGGUCUACACUGCUCAAGAGAGUCAGAGCGUGGAGGAGUGUGGCGACAGGCUGAGGAGGAUCCUGGAGUCUCCCAGCAUCCAUCAGGCCAACCACCAGCUUCUGGUCCAUCUCAGCAGACAUCUGGCUCGGGUCAGUCUGCACAACCAGGCCAGCCCUCGGCUGCUGGGACAGUCCUUCACAGAGUCCAUCUUCAAACACUCACUUCUCAGUGGGGACGUGAACCCAGAGCAUCAUGUCAGGAUCUUGGAAGCUCUCAUUGCAACAGGAGGACUCAUGGAGAUGCAGUCUGCACCAGCUCUACCUCCAAAGCCGGCAAAAACCCAGCAGCCCUCCUCGGUCGGGGUGGGAGGCGGCGGCAGCAACAAUAGUUCCAGGGAUGGGGGAGCAGGAGGUUCUCUGCAGGAGGCUGAAUGGUACUGGGGUGACAUAUCCAGGGAGGAGGUGAAUGACAAACUGAGGGACAUGCCUGAUGGCACCUUCCUGGUCCGGGAUGCUUCCACCAAGAUGCAGGGCGACUACACACUCACAUUAAGGAAAGGGGGCAACAACAAGCUGAUAAAGAUCUACCACCGGGACGGGAAGUAUGGAUUCUCGGAUCCACUGACAUUCAGCUCAGUGGUGGAUCUCAUCAGCCACUACAGACACGAGUCUCUGGCUCAGUACAACACCAAACUGGAUGUCAAGCUCAUGUACCCCAUCUCCCGCUUCCAACAGGACCAGUUAGUGAAGGAGGACAACAUUGAUGCAGUCGGCAAGAAACUCCAGGAAUACCACAAUCAGUACCAGGACAAGAGCAAAGAGUACGACCGACUGUACGAAGAAUACACCAAGACAUCACAGGAGAUCCAGAUGAAGCGUACAGCCAUCGAGGCCUUCAACGAGACCAUCAAGAUCUUUGAGGAGCAGUGUCACACGCAGGAGCGCUACAGCAAGGACUACAUCGAGCGCUUCCGCCGCGAGGGCAACGACAAGGAGAUCGAGCGGAUCACCAUGAACUACGAGAAGCUCAAGUCGCGGCUCGGAGAGAUCCAUGACAGCAAGGUGCGGCUGGAGCAGGACCUGAAGACGCAAGCCAUGGACAACCGUGAGACGGACAAGAAGAUGAACAGCCUGAAGCCUGACCUCAUACAACUCCGCAAGAUCAGGGACCAGUAUCUAGUGUGGCUCAAUCACAAAGGUGUGCGUCAGAAACGAAUUAACGACUGGCUGGGAAUCAAGAAUGACAACACAGACGAAAGCUACUUUGUGAGCGAGGAGGACGAGAACCUGCCUCAUUGCGACGAGAAGAGCUGGUUCGUCGGUGACCUGAACCGGACGCAGGCGGAGGACCUGCUCCUCGGGAAGCCCGACGGAAUGUUCCUCAUCAGAGAGAGCAGCAAAAAGGGCUGCUACGCCUGCUCUGUCGUUGUCGAAGGCGAGGUGAAGCACUGCGUCAUCUACAGCACACCUCGAGGCUUUGGCUUCGCCGAGCCCUACAACCUGUACAGCAGCCUGAAGGACCUGGUGCUCCACUACCACCAGGCCUCCCUGGUGCAGCACAACGACUCGCUCAACGUCCGCCUCGCAUACCCCGUCUACGCACAGAUGCCCUGUGGACGCAGAUGAACCGCAAACCCUCUCUCUGAGACAGGGAGAACAGGGGGAGAGUGACGGAAGGGAGGUGGGAGGUGGGUUUGGUUGAAGUACAAAGCAAACCCCGACCCAACACCAGACCUGUUUUCAAAGAUAGAUAGAAAACACUUGCUGCAACACACACGUCAGCCACCUUGGAGUUAUAUAUAUUUUUACAAGAACCUUUUCAGAGGGCAUUCUUUCUAAAGACUGCUUGAUUUGCACAAGGAAGUUUUAAAUGUUUGUGAAUGUGAAAACAAAGAGAAGGAAGCAAAGAAGGAACCGGAGUAGGACAACUUCAGAGUUUCAGGUUGACCCCGCUGCUACCUAAACUCCAGCUCAGACUUUUUACUAGAAACUCAGAGAAAAACCCAACAACAGAGCGAAUGAUGACGGGAGACGGCAACAAAACAUUCCCAUUUUACAAGGUUUUUUUCCACCUCAGAUGAUUAUAUUCCAGCUUUUUUUGUUUGUUUUGUUUCUGGAGUCGUCUUUCCAUGUGUCAGAUGGUUCCUACAGUUUUCUCCUAACUUUUGUUCACGGUUAAUGAGGAGGAGGAGGAGGAGGAGAUGAAGAAGAUAAUGAUGAUGUCAAGUUUCUGUUUGUGUCCCGCUCUGUACGAGAAGCAAAAACAAUGUAGCAUAAAACAAGACAGUGGACGCUGGUUUAUCAUUAUUAUUAUUAUUAUUAUUAUUAUUAUUU